GCGAUGCACGCCGCCGCGACUGCACACCAUCGGAUCGUUUCCCCGGGGCGACUGCGAGGUUUCAACGGGAGUUGAUCGGCAACCCGUUCGGCGCCACGUGUGCCGUCUGUGACCGUGUUUGGUUCGCCGGAGACUCGGCCGCGAUCGGCGGCGUGCGGGAUGCCCAACAGCGUGAAAUAGCCACGGGUUCGUUGCGGCAGUGCAUCUCUUCCGAAGCCGUGGAGGACGAGCCGGUAUGCGGGACGUGCCGCGAGGCAUUGCUUAAAGGUGCGGUGCCUCGGUUUGCCACCGUCAACGGCUACGUGUACCCACCCAUACCGAAGCUGAACGUGGUGAAGGAGCGACUAGUGGCUGACAGAAAAAAGAAGCCUGCCUCUUGCUGCGCUCAUGGAAAAUCAACGAAACCUGUGCAGACUGAGGCCUCAUGGCUGUUCAACAGCAGCGUGGAUGUUGCAGUUGAGACAUCGAGAAGCAUUGACGUGUGCAAAUCAACCCAGGCAUCACUUGUUGCUGUCAAGGUGCACAGGUGGACAGAAACCACAGAUCUCGUUGAAUCCAAGGACAGUGACACUUAUGUGCAAGAGUUUCCCGCUCCGCACGUGUGUGGAACGCCAAGGCUCACCAACAUGGAUCAGAGCCCCGGAGUUGCCACGUUGAACAGCCAUCAAGUAGAUGAGGACAGAAAAAAGGAACCUGCCUCUUGCUGCAAUCAUGGGAAAUCAACGAAACCUGUGCAGACUGAGGCCUCAUGGCUGUUCAGCAGCAGCGUGGAUGUUGCAGUUGAAACAUCGAGAAGCAUUGACGUGUGCAAAUCAACCCAGGCGUCACUUGUUGCUGUCAAGGUGCACAGGUGGACAGAAACCACAGAUCUUGUUGAAUCCAAGGACAGUGACACUCACGUGCAAGAGAUUCCUGCUCCGCACGUGCGUGGAAUGCCAAGGCUUACCAACAUGGAUCAGAGCCCCGGAGUUUCCACGUUGUACACCACUCAAGUAGAUGAGGUGACGCUGCCAGCCCUGGGCACCUGCGGGAGCCACCGCCUCAGCCAGGACCGUCUGGGCUAUGAAGAGAUCCCAUCAAGUCAUCCUGCUGCUUUAGUGAGGCCACUUCCUAGUCAACACAAGCGAAGCUCCCUUGCCAGAGGGUCCCCAGGGAGAUGCAGUCAGAGAUGUGGCAUUCAACUACACGGCCAAUUAGUUCACGCAACAGCAGCUGUUGCAGCCCAGUUCAGUCAAGAGCAGCAACAAGCAGUUCAAUCAGUUACCGUGGCCAGAGGAAGGGAUGAUUCUAGUCCCCGUGAGUUUGAUGGGACCCAACCUUCAAGUGGUGCCACAGUGUCUUGCAACUGAUGAUUCCUUCUGCCAGAGGCAACUGCCCAGCGCAACUGGGAACCAGCGCCAUUCUUUGUGAAGAUGCAAGCUCUCCCGUUGCCACAGCGAAGUGAACAAGUGUCGCAUAUGUCUGGACAUUUUGCUUGCAAGAAUUUCGGGAGAUACGAUCCCUCACCGCCCAUGUGGAGAAGUGCCGUGCUCGCAGCCAUAUCAGUUUCACUUGUGCUCUAGCCAUUGCUCAGACUGGGACACGGCGCAGAUCCAUCUCAGGGAAUCAGCAAUGACGUGCCCUUUUUGCAAGCAUACAAUAGGCAGAAGGACCUGGGAGAUGAUGUGGCUGUCCAGCAGUUCAUGUGCAGUGUUUUCAA